UAAAUAUUUUCUUCGUUUUCCAUUUCAAACAAUUUUCUGCCUUCAAAAGGAGUUUCCUCAUCAAUUUAAUGCAAAAAAAUGUCAAAAUAAAUCCAAAAAUUGUGAAAAUUUGUACGUCUCAUCUGUAAAUUCAAGCAAAUUUGAACGAAAGCCCGUUCAAAAAACCUCACGAGAAAUGGCAUCAAGUUCAACCUCAUCCUCGGAAUCCGACGUCGAACGAAGUCGUCAUGUCACGUCGAAGCACAAACGCAAAGAGAAAUCACACAAAAAGACGAAGAAACGAUACAAGCAUCGCUCCGAUGACGACGAAAAGGGAUACAAAAAGUUCAAAAGGAAGAAGGAAAAACGCGAAAAGCGUGAAAAACGGAAUUCGAGUGAUGACGAAGACACGAAAAAGCCUCAAGCAGCAGGUCCGAGUGUCGAAUGCCCUCCAAAAGUUGACGAAGAAAGAAAUAUCCCCAAUGCCGAAGUUGACAACUCUUACGGUCCAGCAUUGCCUCCGCAUCUCAUGAAAUCCCAAAAUCCGUCUCCAGCAGAGCCAAAAGUGAUUGGUCCUGUCAUUCCAUCGCAUCUCUUAAGCGCCGUUCAAGCAUCUCAUGACGAAAUUCAAGUACAAGAACCCAACUCCGAGCCUCAAAAUGACGAAUCGCCCAACGACGAUGACGACGACGACAUUCUCGACACUGUUGGUCCUCUACCCGGCGUCAUAAAUCCCGAACUCGAACAACGCGCUCUCGAAAUAAAACUCGGGCAUGUUUCGUCAAGUGCGAGCGGCGACGCCAACAAGGAAAAAUCUCGCGACGAAUGGAUGUUGGAGUUGCCCGAAGUGCGCGGCGUGACAGAUUUGGGAUUAACAGCGCGUCAAUUUCGCACGAAAGAACGCCCGGAUUUUAGUGAUCGCAGUCAAUGGACUGACACGCCCGCCGACAAGGAACGCAAAAAGCACGGGCAACCCUCAGCAAGGGAAAUUGCGAAAGAAGAGGAACGUCAACGGGAGCGACAAGCGAUUUUGAGUCGCGAUGCGGAACAAGAACGCAUCGCAAAGGAACACAAGAAAAAACACAAACGCGACAAAUCGCUGAUGGAUUUGCACGAGAAAAAACUGAAAAAAGCGAAGAAAGAGAAGGAAAAGGAACCCGAGGUGCGACGUCCUUUCGACAGGAAUAUCGAUCUGGCGGCAAAUCGCUUCGACGAGGCACAGAAAAAGUCGAUCAUCAAGAAGGCGCAGUUACUUGACACGCGAUUCUCGAGCGGAGCAUCCAAGUUUUUGUAGUUUUUUUUACGUUUUUUUUUUAUUAUUUGAAUACUUUUGAGAUUUUUUUUUCGAUUAAGUUUUAGCUCGUAAUACAAUACAAUAAAAAGUUAAAAAAAGGAAAUUAUUUAGUCUUAAAUUGAU